GUAAAAUACAGCGACAUUAACAGUGUCACAGGGAGAGAGACAGUAAAAUACAGCGACAUUAACAGUGUCACAGGGAGAGAGACAGUAAAAUACAGCGACAUUAACAGACACAGGGAGAGAGACAGUAAAAUACAGCGACAUUAACAGUGUCACAGGGAGAGAGACAGUAAAAUACAGCGACAUUAUCAGAGACACAGGGAGAGAGACAGUAAAAUACAGCGACGUUAACAGUGUCACAGGGAGAGAGACAGUAAAAUACAGAGACAUUAACAGAGACAGGGAGAGAGAGAGACAAUAAAAUACAGUGACACAGAGAGAGAGAGAGACAGUAAAAUACAGCGACAUUAACAGUUGCACAGGGAGAGAGACAGUAAAAUACAGAGACGUUAACAGUUGCACAGGGAGAGAGAGAGUAAUAAACAGUGUCGUAGGGAGGGAGAGACAGUAAAAUACAGAGACAUUAACAGAUUGACACAGGGAGAGAGAGAGAAAUAAAUAGUGUCACAGAGAAAUUGGCAGAAGUGAAACACACACCGUUCCACUAAAACGUUUUGGAGCCAGGUGAACGGAAACAGCUGUCGGGCUCAAUCCGCUCCCGGCCCCCGCUGGAAGAUGCUCCGGCUUCAGGUCCUUUCUGGCCAUUUGGCCCCGGGCUCCAGGCAGCAGCGGCCCCGGGCUCACAGUGUGGAGGCGGGCGGAGCAGAGCAGGACGUGGUGCUGGUUCACGGAGUGAGGACAGCGAUCGGCAAAGCCAAGAGAGGGAGCUUCAAGGACACCAAACCAGAUGAGCUGCUGUCUGCUGUCAUGCUGGCUGUGCUACAAGACGUCAACCUUGACCCGCAUCUCCUUGGGGACAUCUGUGUUGGAAAUGUCCUGCAGCCAGGUGCUGGAGCAUUGAUGGCAAGAGUGGCUCAGUUCCUGAGUGGCAUUCCUGAGUCUGUCCCUGUGUACUGUGUCAACAGACAGUGUUCUUCAGGGCUGCAGGCUUUCAUUAACAUUGCAGGUGGUAUCAGGAACGGAUCCUACGACAUUGGCCUGGCCUGUGGAGUGGAAAGCAUGAGUCAACGAACAGUGGGUGACCCCGAGCACCUUCAGGAUAUUAGCAGUCGGAUGAUGGACAACGAGAAGGCUCGGUCCUGCCUGAUUCCCAUGGGGAUAACUUCAGAGAACGUGGCCGAGAGAUUUGGGAUUUCCAGGGAAGAGCAGGAUUCCUUUGCUGCCGCCUCUCAGCAGAAAGCAGCCCAGGCUCAGAGAAUGGGCCUAUUUGAUGCUGAGAUCAUACCAGUUAAAACUACCAUCCUUGAUUCAGCUGGCAACAGUAAAACCAUCACCAUCACCCAGGACGACGGGAUCCGAGCCAGCACAACGGUGUCCGGCCUCGGUAAACUGCAGCCAGCGUUCAAGGAGAAUGGCACCACCACAGCAGGGAACUCGAGCCAAGUUAGUGAUGGAGCAGCUGCACUUCUGGUGGCAAGGCGUUCCAAAGCAAUUGAGCAGGGCCUUCCCAUCCUGGGUGUGUUGAGGUCAUAUGCGGUUGUUGGAGUGCCACCUGACAUCAUGGGGAUAGGACCUGCCUACGCCAUCCCAGCAGCGCUGGAGAAAGCAGGACUAACGAUUAAUGACAUCGAUGUGUUUGAAAUUAAUGAGGCGUUUGCUAGUCAGGCUGUGUACUGUGUGGAGAAGCUGGGUAUCCCCAUUGAGAAGGUCAACCCUAAUGGGGGUGCCAUCGCACUGGGACAUCCAUUGGGCUGCACUGGAGCUCGACAGAUUGUAACGCUGCUAAAUGAGCUGAAACGGAGAGGGAGGAGAGCCUAUGGUGUUGUAUCUAUGUGUAUCGGCACAGGAAUGGGAGCUGCUGCUGUGUUUGAAUAUCCAGCAAACCAAGACCCUCAGCAUUGAAGCUCAUGGGUACAUUGUGUUAGAACCCAGUAUCUGCUAAUUGACAUUCCCAGCCUAUACUAUGAUUCAACAAUAGCUACUAACUUUCACAGAGACUGAUAACUUUUAAAGAGAAAUUCAAACUUAGUUAUUUAGCUGAAAGAGUGACAUGGUGAUGUUUUCCGCUUUUAAAAUAACAUCAAUCAAGUAACUAAAAAUCAUAUUCACUAAACACUAGAAUAAAAACAAAAUACCCUGGAUGCUGGAAAUCUGGAACAAACAUGGAAAGCUGAAGAAACUCAGCAGGUCAGGCAGCAUCUGUGGAGAGACAAACAGGGUUAACUUUGAGUCUGCCUCAAGGAGGAAUUUCUGAAAUAGUCAUAUUAGAUGUGAAAUGUUAAUUCAGUUUCUUUGUCCACAGAUGCUACCAGACCUGCUGAGUUUCUCCAGCACAUUCUGUUUGGACUAAAUUUUUCUUUUGUGGUGACAACUUUUCGAAACAAAGGAGUUAGGAUUAGGCCUUUUGAAUCCACUCUCCUGUUCAAUACGGUUAUGAUUGUGGUCUUAACCCCACAUUCCUAUCUACCACCCAUAACCCUGGAUUGCCUUCUCUAUGAGCCAUUGCACUUCUGGUUUAAACUAUAGAAAUAAACAGACACUGAACGCUUUUCCCAGAAUUACGAUUCUGAUAAUUGUUUCCUGUGGGUUGCUUCCUUUCUACUUUCCAACCUGAUAACUUCUUGUCCCAGAGUUGCCCCUCACUAGGAGGGUUGCACAAUAGAUCUUUUCCUCUAGCUUUGAGAAAAAUUUUCUAUAACUUUGCACAAGCUGAGUGUAGUCUCCCACCUGCGUCUAUGUGGUGAAUGAUAGAAUCAGCCUUUUUCUUUUUGACAUGCUGACCUGACUAAUGCUGUCCUUGCCUUGCUCAUUCUCUCUCCAUUAGCAGCAGAUCGUACAAGACAAACUUGCAAUUGCUAUCUGCCUGAGAUAUUUGUGCGUUUACAGGGAAGCUUGUAACCCGAUCUCAAAAUGGUUUCCUCGACCCUCUGCUCCAUACCAACAGGAAACAGAUGAUCUUUGCAUCUCGUAAGUUUUCUAAUUAGCUGCCUAUGAUCCCAGCUCUCCUUUCAUCCCAGAAGAGAGAAUUUACAGUACUUAGUUAACAAUGUAAUAGCUGUAACACCUCUCUGGGACUUUGGGAAACGUUUGGUCUAUUCUUGGCAUGCUCAGAACCUGCUGACAUAGUCUCCCAGUGCACUCUCAACAAAAUAAUUCAAGUUUCUUCAGAUCUCUAAUAUAGCCAGGAUUACUCUCAGGCAGACUCUAGCUGUGGUCCUUUCACUAGUGAGAGAAUCUCAAACUAUUAGACAUAGUUACAGUUUCAUUUAAAACUGAGAUGCAAAGGAAUUUGUUUUCCCAGUCCCAGUAUUAAAUGACUAGAUAGACAGAUUUUUGAAAUAUCAGGAAUCGGCAGCUAAACUGAACUGGCUGAAAGAGGAGUUGAGACCUGGGGUAGAGCAGCCAUGAUCUUGCUGAAAGUUGGAGCAGGCUUAAGGGCUGAAUGGCCUGCUGGUGCUCCUAAAUAUUAUGUUUCAAGACUCCUUUCAUCAACCCUAUAUUUAAAAUUAAUUCCUAAAGUAAUUAAUUCCUAAGAUACAGUGCAAAGUCAUAAUAAAGUUAUAAUUAUAACUGCCUUCCUAAAUCUGUGUACCCUUGGUGCAUUGUUCUACUGUUCCUGACCUUUUAAAUGUUGUCACCUCGCUUGAUCUGUCAUUCCCUGACCAAGCUCACCAACUGCACAAAUACUUUUAUAAAUGUGAAAUCCUUUAAUUUCUGAAGCCUCGACUCAUUGCAUGAUUUUGAAACCAUGCAACUGGCCUCCCUCAGUUUUCCCUUUAUACAGUGUGUACGUGUUGGAAACCAACAUUUACAUAAUUCCUAUUCAGCCAAUCCCUGUCAUCUCUGUAACUGUCUUCUAUCUUGUAAUUGAGCCAUGUUGACCUAACGGAAAGCCUUGGAGCUCACUGAUGCUGUCAGCCUGGUUUGAGUGCAAGGGAUACUUUGCAUCCUUCCCUUCUUGCUGACUUAAACAGUGAGUGGAGUAAUAAUGUCGACUCCCAGUUGCACCAGGAGACUGGAGGGCUGGCGUAGGACUGCAGUACAGCCAGAUGUAGAGGAGCGGCCUCUGGAUACAGCCAACCCAGGCCUGCAGCCUGUCUCAUUCAAUAAAGUACAGACUUGGUCUUCCUGGCCAAUCAGCAGGAAUGUUUUAUCACCGUCACUCUCCUCCAUUGUCAGCAACAUGUCACAGUUAUUUUUAAUCAAACUGUUCAGGGAUGUUACAAAACACCUCUGGAGCAGGUGAGACUUGAGCCUGGGUCUCCUGGCUCAGAGUUAGGGAUCAUACCACUGCACCACAAGAUCCCAUAUCAGGUUACACUGGAAAAGUGAACAGUAAAUUAAACGUGAUUCAAACUAUGAUACGUUUGAUGUUGUGGUAACAAGAAGCAACUUCCGUUCCAAGUAUUAGAUUUUGGCUGACCUUGUUAAGCAAAGAGUGUUUAAUGCAUUUUGUUUCAUGACUAAAAUCAUCAUCUUUCUUACUUGUUCUUGAUCUUCUUUCUAAUAAAGAUGUUAUUUUUUAAAAUAAAGUCACCAGUUUGAGUCCCCA